UCAAGGCGUGCUCAGGCCAUGCCCCCUCCCCCCGCCAAGCCCGGCUGGGGGUGGUUUACGCGCCUGCGCAGUGGAGCAGCCGUGGCUCCUCCGGCGCGCCGUCGUUUCCCGGCAUGCCCAGCGGCCGCGGGCGGUGGUGGCGAGAUGGCGGCCGGGGUUGAGGAGUCCGACAUGUUUGAGGAGAUCGUGAUGGCCGAGGAGAGGUUUCAUGAUGAAGGGUAUCAAGAGGGGUAUGCUGAAGGCAGUCAUGUUGGAGUUGUUGAGGGAAGGAGGUAUGGAUCACUCCAUGGUGCCAAGAUUGGGUCUGAGAUUGGCUGCUACCUUGGGUUUGCACUGACAUGGCAGUAUCUGCUCCGGAAAUGCACAGAUGAAAAGAACAACAAAAAGAUAAGGGCUCUGGAUUCCUUAAUAAGGAUGAUUCAGAAAUUCCCAUACGAAGACCCCACUUAUGAUAAGCUGCAAGAAGAUCUGGAAAAAAUCAGAGGAAAAUUUAAACAGGUUUGUUCAAUGCUAAAUAUUCAGUCUGAUUUUAGAAUCAGUACUGAAAGCUCUUCCCUAACAUUUUGAAUAGAACAGAUGAAGAUAAACAUGGAUGACCAAAGAAGAAACAUUAAAAGAACAGAUAACUGGAGAAGUGUUUAUCUACUCUUACUUUAAACAAAAUCACAGUAGUGAAGGAGUGCUAAGUAUUAAAGAGGAAAGGGAAAACCAUUGAACUUGCCAGAGUACGUGUCAUAUGUCACUGAACAUUUAUUAUCUCCAAGUUUUUUUAGGAGCACUGAAACACUAGUGUAUAAACCUGUUAAAUAGAAAUAUUUGAUUUAACUGGCCUUGCACUGAAAGAUUUAAUUCCUCAAAAGGAAAAUGUACACAUUUGCAACGUUUCCUUAUUUAAAGAAUGUGUGUUAGUUAAAAAUCUGUGUAUGCAGAUCAUGCAGUUUACACAAUGUGUGGAUAUUGUAGGUGAAGUAAAAUGUAAUCAGUUGCCUUCAGACUUUGCAGUAGGAAUCAUUGUGAGUAAAGGAUAGAGUGACAAAGGAAGUCAGAAUGCAGAGGAGAAAGAUACCUGAUCAUAAAGUAGCUGCAGCUCAGAACAUGAAAUUUGCACUUUCCACUUGUUCUGCAGACUGAUCUAAUGAGGGGGGAAAAAACCUACCAAAUCCCCCAAAACCCAAACAGCAAGCAAUAUAAGAAAUACGACUAUAUAAAAAUACGACUACAUAAAAACACCACUAUAGAAGAGUUGAUACUGCUUUUCUGUGUAUGUCAGUACCUUUUAUCAAGGAAUAGCUUUUUAUUUUCCAGUCUUGAAUAUGUACUUGUUGGUCUCAUUCCAAAAAAAUGGAUGCCGUUAGCUAAAUGUAUUCAACUAUGUUAAAGAGAAGUACAGUCAGUUAUUUUGCUUGAAAGAUACUUUAGGUUGCUAGAUGUCUCUGCAUACCAUUUGCAAGAUAUGAUGAGUUCUAGAAGACCUUUCAUCAGUCGUUACUUAUGCUGGCUAAGUCUACAGCAUAGUGUAGGUUCAUAAAGACAAACUUGAGUCCUAUGGCUGUCAGAAGCUGUAUGCAGGGUAGAGUAUCUCAGGUGAAGGACAUAUUUUAAUAUGGCCAUAUCUUUGACCAGCACUGUUCUGUGCCAUCUAGACCUCAGCUCUGGUUUACUUGUACAGCUUUUUUGUUAUACAACAAGAUAACUUGAAAUUUUAGAUUGUCAUUGUGUAGUCACAUCUGGGAUAUGAAGCACGUGCGUUCUGCUAAAAGUUUUUGGUUUUGGACUCUGAAGGUAAUUCUGCUGAAUGUAAGAAGGGAGUUGUGUGCAUUUGUAUCAACUUAUUUCGAAACAAUCUCUUCUUUUUUGUCUGUUGCCUAAGUAUGCAAGGAAGCCAUUUUCUUAGCGACUUUUCUUAAUAACUGGUUGCUGGUGUACUUAUUUUAAUUAAUUGUUUUACAUGUGCAAGUGUUCCACCAGCUGUGAUACACAUAGUGAGUGUCAGAGCCAUCUAGUGGAGGAGGUUGUUGUAUUGUGUAAGAAUGCAAGAGUUCACAAAUAUUUGUCUAGAUAAAAGUUGUUAAAAUAGAGAGUACAGAAUGUAUGCAUGCAUGAUACAGCUCUUCUAAUUACAGGGUGAAUUGCUUUCCUGAGGUAGGAUUCAUUUGUAGCUUGUUUCCUCAUUGGAGACCUUGGAAGGGAAAUGAGUGACACCAUUGAUGGUCUCUUCACUUAGGGCAGUUUGAGCAUAGUUGGCUUUUAAUUGUUAUGCAGCUAAAUCACUGGGAACCAGAACAAGCACCUAACUGCAAGUAGCUGAAAAUAGAAGCAAAAUAAAAUAGCAUGACCUGUGAUAUCAGUAGACAGGCACAAACCAAGAAGAUCACAUACUAGAGAAAAGAAAGCUAAUUUGAAUUUAUAAUCACUUCAGAGAAAUCCAGUUUUGGAAAAGAUGUCUCUGCAUUCACAAACCAGUUUAUUUUUGCAAAUUAAACCUGUUUACUUCAAAUUAACAAAAGGUGCUAGAUACUCAUCUGUGAUUAGCUUGCUUUUUGUUUGUGGUUUGUUUUUUUUUGUUGUUGUUGUUUGGGGGGUUUUUUUGUUUUUUUUGAGGGGGGGUUGGGUUAUUUUUUUUUCAGUGAAGUCCAGGAAUUAUGUUUUAAAUAAACUCCCCCUAGAUCGUGGUUUUAAAAAGGCAGUUUUGUUGUUCUUCUGAGUGAUAGUACAAAGAGAAGUAAACACCGGAGGUCUGAGUAUUCAUGUUUUAAAAUGCAGCCUGUUCUGGAAUCUUCGUGCAUGGUUUACAAUAAUGUCUGUAAAAGCAAGGGAAGGGAUGUGAGAGCUCAAAACAUCUGUGAAGCAUUUAAUUAAUAGAAGUCUGUGAUAUGUUAGUUGUAUUUGAAGUGCUACUCUAGAGAUUGUAUUGAAAACAAAAUAAUUUUUGUUCAACUAAGGAGAGAAAGAAUCUUUGGGGACCAAGCAGUCAAUGACAGUUCCUUUGAAAAUUGGUUUGGUGGUAAAUCUCUCAUUUAAUUUUAUUUAUAGCAAAUUAAUAUUAUUAGAAUAAAUUAUUAUCUAAAUAUAUAUUUAGAUACAUAUAUUUAACUAUGAAGAUUGUAGCAACCAGAAUUUCAAAAUGGAUAGGCCAGGUUUAGGGUUGCCUAUGAGGUCUUUAAUUUGGCUCCAUAUGUGUGUCCAUACUGAUGUAUGUCUCUUCUUCCACAAGUGUAUUUUCUGAGUAUCUUGUGUUUCAUGUCUUGUAUGGGCCUGAACGUGUUUUUUAUUAAAGGAGGUAUGGUUAAAAUUUA